AAAAAUUCUAUUUUUAUUUUCUCGGCCAAACGCGUCAUUUUUCUGUAGUUUUUCAUACUUCAAUUUCCUUUUCAUUUCUUGGUUGACCGACGAAACCCACCAACUCACCACCUCAUUCCGCCGUGGUCAGCUCGCUUACUAGGGUAUACUCUACGUCUUCUUUAACUCAUAUAAGACUCUAUCUUUUGUAUCUAUAACUGAAGAACAAAUUUGCAGUUCAACUGUUCGACGCUUUGCCCCAAUUAAUCACAACGUAAAUUUCUUCUGCUCUUAACCCUUGUUCAAUUUCAGUGAAUUAUCUAUAUCUCUGGUAAAUUGGAAGUCGGGAAACCGAAAAAAGUUGAAAUUUUUAGGGUUGUUUUGUUCUCUGUUUUGCUCGUUUGGACUCAAGUAUUUGUAAAGUAAAAAAACUGUAUGUUGUUUCUUUUUUGGAAGAGUUCGGUGAUAUAUAAUAUUUGGGAAAUAAAUACUUUGUGGGACGAAUAAAGUUGUGUUUUUGGGAAUUCAGAAGUUAUUUUUUUCUAACUGAAGCAGAAGUUUGUUUGGAGCUGAAGCUGGUUGGUUGAUCUAUGGGUGUUACUGUUUGUGGUGAUAGUUCUUCAAUUUCAAGUGUAAAGUUUGCUGUUAUCAUAAUGCUGCUUCAGACCCUUUUCGGAUUUGUUUUAAGUUUGGAGAGUUAAGGGUGUUAUAUCUUAAAUUCAAAGUGUAUAUCUGCAUAGGCAGAAGAAGGUCAAUUGCAGUGAUAUAAGGUUUCAGUUGCAGUGUUGAGUAGGGUGUUAACGAUAGUAUAUUUUGGAGUUUAGUCAUUUUAUUGAAGUGUCUGAGAUGGAUAAUUCAAAUCGGUCGUACAAUAGGAAUGCUGAUCAUUUGGGUGUGAAUAAAUUUGGGAAGAAUAUCAACAAGAGUCCUAUACACCAACCUAAUUUUAACAAUGCAAAUAGUGCUAGGCAACAACCUCAACCUCAGGUUUACAAUAUUAACAAGAAUGAUUUUCGGAGUGUUGUUCAGCAACUGACAGGUUCACCAUCUCAAGAGCCUCCAUCUAAACCUCCCCAGAAUCCUUCUAAGCCUCCGAGUAUGAGAUUACAAAAGAUUCGGCCACCGCCUUUGACUCCUAUAAAUCGUCCCCAAAUUCCAAUGCAUCCUCCAGCACAGAUCCUUGCCCCAGCUCGACCUGCUGGAGGCGUUCCUUACCAAAACAAUAUUGCUAGACCGCCUCCUCACUAUGGUCAGCCCUCACCACCUAUGUUACCUCCAACUCCUGGAGAUGUUUGGACAAAUACAACUGAGUCUCCGAUUUCAGUUUAUAUGCGUUAUCUUCAAAAUUCAAUAAUAGAUUCAGGGCCUAAACAAACACAAUUUCAAGGACCUGGUCAUUUUCAAGCACAUCCAGCGUCAUCUGGUUUACUUCCUAAUCCUUCAAUGCCACCUUUUCCAUCUCCUAGAAUGAAUGGCCCGCCUCCUUUCCCAUUGUCGCGGAUGAAUGGUCCUCCUCCACCUCUUUUAUCUCCUAGAAUGAAUGGCCCGCCGCCUCUCCCAUUCGCUCGGUUGAAUGGUCCUCCUCCGCGUCUUCUAUCUCCUAGAAUGAACGGGCCACCUCUUCUCCCAUCUCCUAGAAUGAAUGGUCCUCCUCCACCUCUUCCUUCUCCGGGAAUAAAUGGGCCUCCUCCUUUGCCUUCACCUACCUCUCAGUAUCUUUUGCCAUCGCCUACUGGCUUCUUAAACUUGUUAUCUCCCCGUUCUCCUUAUCCAUUGCUUUCACCAGGUAUGCAGCAUCCUCCACCGCUGACACCAAAUUUCUUCUUCUCUCCUAUGGCUCAGCCUGGAGGUUUUGGCACUGGACCACAAUUUCCUCCUUCCCCUGGUUAUGGAUUUCCGUUGUCACCUUCUGGGUUCUUCGCCAUGUCAAGUCCAAGAUGGAGGGGUCAAUAGCACCACCACGAACAGAGCUGCUGAUCUCGAUGGAUUCUUUGCUUCGAGUUUCGUCCAGGUGGUAGAUUUCCUUCAAAUUAAAGCUUUUUCACUGUGGAUAUGCAGUGUAUACACUAUACAAUAGUUCGUAGCAGAUGUAUCUCUGUAUUUGCCUAGCCCUUAUUUAGUACAUUUAGCAACUCUCAACUGAACAGUUGAAAAGGUCAGGCUUGUUAGAUUAUAGUUAAUUGUAUUUUAUAUGUAGCUGGAAAGGUUCUUGUAUUCCUUGUAAUGUCAAUUUUGGGAUCAAAUAUUUUGGUUCUUUUUCCUAUCAUAUAGAUCAAUUUUCAGUUUGUUGCCUUUGGGA